GGAGCACGGCCCUUGCUGAUCAGCCCGGGGCAGGCCCAGGUGAGCUGCAGGUGUGUGCUGAUGGGGCCACCCUGCAGCCGGCCCUGACUCCACCUUAAGCUCUUCAUGCCACGUAGGCCCCACGCUCCUGGACACUCUCUGUGGUCGAAGUCUUCUCUUCCUGCCUGACAGAAAACAGCGGUGAGGAGCCUCGUAGCGCCAUUAGCUGAGCAGGGGGUCCUGCCUCCUUCCUGGUGAGCUGGGAAGCACUUUGCCCAGAGGGGCUGUGGCUGCCCCAUCCCUGAGGUGUCAAGGCCAGGCUGGACGAGGCCCUGGCCAACCUGACCUGGGCUGGACUGGGCUCGGCAGCAGCUCUCUGAACACCGAAACCAGCCGCAUGCACAGGGUUAACAGCGGGGUUCGAGCGUGGAAAGCCAUGCUGUGAGUCAGGGGGCUGCAAGGAAAAUCGAAGAGGAGGAUUUGGGCCAUGUGGUGCCCAUAAAAGUGAAUGCGAAACGUAUCAGAAGUAUAUGAAAUCUGUAGAUAGUUGUUUUGUGUUUCAAAAGUGUUGAAUAUAGGGGGGAAAAAAAAAGCUCAACGGGAGUUUAAAUAAACACAGGCAAGUGAGUCAGCAAGAAGAUAUAAAAUCAUCAGGAAAGGCUGAGUUUGUUUUAAUAUGGGGAUUACUGUAAACACUAGGAGUGCAUGGUAACAAUUUGUAGGCCAUAUGUUUUGAAAUAUCAUAACUGGUGUCAAUAAACACAUUAAAAUUCAACUUCAAAGAGUAUUGUGGAUGUUUGGAGUGUCACGAAGACAUUGCAAAAUGGGGAUUUUAGAUGGAAACAAGUAUGGGAGCAAUCAAACACAGCUCCUAUGUGAAGAAAGGGAUCUUGUCAAGUUGUUAGAGCUAAGCAUCUGUGAUGGUGAUUACUGCUGCUUGCUGGCUAGGAGCUGUGCUCAGCCCCUGAUUUCUUUCACACCGUCUCCCUGGCCUUCCACCCUGACCUGCCUGUUUGUCUCGCCCACCUGCUGCAGCUCGGUGCUGGGGCUGAGCUCUUCUGCGCAGGGAUUGCCGUUCGCUGCUCCUUCCUACAGUUCAUAGCCCGCCUGAUUUCCUCGUAUAAAAAGCAAAUUCAUUUUGUGUCUGUACAGAUUGGCUUGUGGCACAGAUGAGGUGCUGUCCUCCCGUGCUGACAGCCUGCACCGUAGGGCAUUUAGCGUCACCGCAGCGUUGGCUGCAUUUGAUUCUUCCGCGUGCUGUGAGCCACCGGUCAUGGGGGUUAGGGCAUGGAGAAGGGCGAGCAGCCCCUCAUGUGGUGGUACCCUGAACAGAGGGUUUAUGUUGCUUCCUGAAUCCCUCCUCAUUCAGACCUCUGCUGGGUUGAAAUACCCUCUUUUCCUCACUUUUUCCUCUUGUAGCACUUCUGAUGCAGUGGGAUUCCCCUGCAAACGCUCUCCUAUUUGUGCACAAAUCGUUUGUUUACUCCAUGGAGAUGGGACCAGAUCUGUGAUCUUUGAGCUGUGAAAGCACAGACUUCUGACACUGAGGCUUUACUAGCGUGAUGAAUAAAGCCUUUGGCUUGUUUCUGGGAUAUCCCACGACAUGCUAAAUUACUAGUGUACAUACAAAGGCAGAAUAUUUGUUUACAGGGCUGCCUGGAGACUCAUGUCCACCAUAUGCCUUGUUCUUUCUUAUUUUCACAUUUUUAACGUGUUUCAUUUCACAACGAGAGCCCACCCUUCCUCUCUUCUUCCUUUUUCCUCCUUUUAUUGCUGACUGUGACAUCAUAUGGUGUGAAAUGUAUGUCUCUUUUUUUGGUAUCCCUUUCCAGAUUUUUAUCCCUGCUGCUUUAGGCGUUACACAUGGCCAGGCCCUUGGGGUUUGCAUGGGCAUGCAGACUGAGAACUGGCUGAUCCUUUUCCCUCCAGUUUCCAAGUGUUUUCCUGGUUCAGAGUCCACCUGAGCUGUAUGUUUGGGGCAGAGGACUGCUAUGAAGAAGGAUCAAGCCUCAGCUUCCCAGUGGAAAUCCCUUCCAUGCAGGCAUCACAGUACAGCACAACAUCAUGUUUAAACCAGUAAGUGAAAGUGUGUGCUCAGCACCAAUGUAUAAAAUAAGCAAGAAUGGCCAUAAACAUCAUGUUUAGCUAGCUGUGGAUUUUUACAACCCAGUGACUAUGGGACAGUCCUGGGCCUGCCUGCCCAAGCUGUGCCUCCAGGGAGCACGAGAGGCUUCUGGUGCCUCGUGUUGUCCCUUCUGUGAGGGCAGCUUCCAGGGCUUCUGCUACACAAACAGCAACUUUGCUUAUUUUAUUACCAAUCCUAUAGGAACAAAGUGAACUCACACAUACCCUUUUUAACGUGAUUUAUGACAGGAGCAAUAUGAGGGAACAGAUGAGCAUUCCUGCACCUAGGUUCAACUCUCCGUUUAAGAAUCACAGUCAAUAUUCCCUUGUUUUAAUACUAAACAUCAUGUUCAAAACUGAGUACUUCACUGUAAACUGCAGGCAGACCACGCAGGAUUAAAUGGGGCUUCUAGUGUGAUGAAUAUAGCAGCCUCUUAAAUGAUUAGGACACCUGUUGACAUUAAUAUAGAAGCAUGCAUGAAAACAAGUGUGCCACUCACUGAAAUAUAUGUACACAAAUAUUAAGAGGAUUAGAGAAAUUGCUAAAAUGGAUAGAGUGGCAUUUAACACGAACAUGUCUGGAAUCUCGCGGAAUGGAAAUAACAUGCACAGAGCUGUUCCCUUGUUCGAUGGCUUUUUUUUUUUAGUGGUUCAUCUAGGGUAUAAACGCAGUACAAGGAGGUCAUUUGCUUACAUUAAAAAAUUUCUCUUUAAUAUAUGUCUUUGUUUGGAAUCUGCCUGUGAUUCAUAACCACCUUCCUUUAGUAGCUGGCACCUUUGCCAUGCAAGCUGCAAGAAAAAGUAAUUAAAUUUAAUAGAAGCCACCCUUGCUUUGAAGCUGCCCUGGAUUUAGAGCCACAAGGAGAAGCAAUUAAACUGUGGCAGCCAAGGAUUCAAACUGAAGUUAUAUAGUGACUUUUUUUUUUUUUUUUAAAGGAAAUUUUCUCUGUAAACGGAUUUGGAUUGUCAAACCUGAUUGGAUUCAAAAGCAUAGAAAUUUCCUUCUGUGGGAAACUUUCUACUGAAGCAAAAGGAAAAAAAUAAUUAGAUGUGAAAUGGGGGUCAGUUGUGAAGAUCUAGGAUAUUUUUAAUCCUUUUGAACAAACUUCCAAAAACGAGUUCAGCAAAGUGCUGAGGGGAAAAGGGAAGCAUGGAAGGAGGACAGCUGCAUGUCUGUUUAUUUGCAGGCAGGCCAGCUUGUCAGCAGCCUAGGGUACAGAUUCAUUAGGGGAAGGGAUUUAUUUGCACUAAACAGUAUUAGAAGCAUUGUUCAAAGCUGGCAGGAUUUUUUAAACCAUCAAGAGGCAGAAAUUAUAUUUUAAUUUCUGUGCUUUUACCAAAAAGUUGUCUUUGCAUUAAGGAACAAGCAUAGGGGAAAAAAAUCAAAACAAGACUCGCAGAUGCCAUACCAAAUACAAUUCUUCCUACGUAAAAGUAUUUUUUAGAUGUUUCCUAUAAAAUAUCAGAAAGGAUUCAGUUGAAAAAGGUUUUCCUCCAAUGCAGAUGUUAUUCAAAAAAAGCAAACUGGCAAUUCAGUUAGCACUUACAGGCAGGCAAAUCUGUCCUAAUCUCCACCAGCUCUUUAUAUGUAAGUCUUAGCUAAGCCAAGGCACGUGUGAAAAUCUUAAUAUUUUCAUUAAUGUAUUUUGCCAAACCUGCUUUUCUGAGAAAUAGGUGCUCUUGGGCUCAGUGUAAGGAUACAGCUGAUGUUUUGUGACCUAUGGAUCUGACUUGGUGAAUGAGAGUCCUCUGGCUGGAGUCGAGGUAACGCUAAAUUUCCAGGGCAGUGCCUGGAAUGUUGUAACUUGCUGGGAAAAUAUAUUAUUGUAUCACCGGCCAUUAUGAGGUAGCUGGGGGCAGACAUGCGAGCUGCAUCCCCCCAGAGAACACAGCCCCUGCGAUGGUGACCAGCCUGUAAAAGAGGAACGGGAAAACACGGCCAGAGAGCUGCUCUGGGGCACCGUCAGCUCUGUGAACAAUGUUUGACCCCAGCGUUUUGGACGUCCCAGCAGUGAUCUUUGACAACGGGUCUGGGUUAUGCAAGGCAGGUGUCGCAGGUGACAGUGGCCCAAGGUCUGUUAUCACGGCAGUUGUUGGUCGCUCAAAAGCCAAAUCUACAAUGCUUGGAGCUGGGAUGAAAGAAUACUACGUUGGAGAAGAAGCUCAGUCCAAAAGAGGGAUCCUGUCUUUGAAUUACCCGAUUGACCAUGGCAUCGUUACCUCCUGGGAUGACAUGGAGAGGAUCUGGAGACACGUCUACGAGCAUGAGCUGAGACUCAAAGCCGCUGAAAGGCCGGUGCUGUUGACAGAAGCCCCCCUAAAUCCUCUGCAGAACCGGGAGAAAAUGACAGAGAUCAUGUUUGAAGGCUUCAUGGUGCCCGCUAUGUACGUGGCAGUCCAGGCAGCUCUGGCACUCUACGCCUCAGCCCGCACCACCGGGAUCGUCAUGGACAGCGGGGACGGUGUCACCCACACGGUCCCCAUUUACGAGGGGUACUGCCUGCCCCAUGCUGUCUCCAGGCUGGAUGUCGCUGGCAGAGAUAUCACCGAGUAUUUCAUGAGGCUUCUUCUGGAGGGCGGGCACUCUUUUGUUAGCACAGCUGAAAGGGAAAUCGUGAGAGAUAUCAAAGAGAAGCUGUGCUACGUAGCUUUGGACCCCAUCCAAGAAAUGAAAGCAAAGCCCGAAGAAGUCAUGAAAGAGUACAGGUUACCCGACAGCAACGUCAUUCAGAUCGGCAGCCAGCUCUUCCGUGCUCCAGAGGUGCUCUUUGUGCCUGCAAACAUCGGCAUUGAAGCACCUGGCGUGCACAAAAUGAUCUUCAACAGCGUCAUGAAGUGCGACAUCGACGUGCGCAGGAACCUCUACGCCAACGUCCUGCUCUCGGGAGGCUCCACGCUCUUUCCUGGACUGGAGGAGCGGAUCCUGAGGGAGAUGCACCUCCAAGUGCCCACGGGCAUGUUCGUGAGGAUCGUUGCCCCCCCCGAGAGAAAAUACAGCGUGUGGAUCGGGGCCUCCGUCCUCACCUGCCUGACGUCUUUCAAGCAAAUGUGGGUCACCGUGAGUGACUACAAGGACUUCGGGGCAGCCGUUAUCCAUCGGAAGUGCUUCUGAGGAGACCGUCAGACCGAGCGAACGCCUUGCUGCAACAAAGCACGAGCAAGAAACGCUGGCGAGGGCUGACUGAACCAAAAGGUGCCACAGCAGUUCAUGUCUUUACUGGCUGACAAAACCUUUAUGGAGAUAAAGCAUUAAAGAAUUGGUAACCAGG